GGAACAUGUUCCACCACUUCUGCGACUUCGUUAACCUCUACAUCAGUCAGCAUCUCAACAACUCCUUCUCCACUGACGUCAACAUCCUUGUGUGGGACACGUCUCGCAAGUACAUGGAACUCUUCGGGGAGACAUGGGUCGCCUUUUACUGAUCACCCGCGCCUUAUGCUGGUUGACCUUGAAGGGAAAAGAGUUUGUUUCAAGGAAGCCAUCUUUUCUUUCCCUGGCCCGGAUGACACAGGGGCUGUUCUACGCCCUUCGACCCGUGAAUAACUGCUACAACAGCGGGUUGAUGAGGGCGUUCUCCCAGCACAUCCUCCACAGACUGGGGGUACGUCAACACGGACCUCUGGCGAGGAAAGUACGUGUGACCUUCAUGUCUCGAAACACCAGGUACCGGAAGAUACGAAAUAUUGACAAGUUGGAAUCCGCCCUGAGGAGUCACUCCGACCUCGACGUGAAAGUAGUUGACUACAACAGAUAUCCCACAACACUGACAUCCCUCAUCGGCAUCCACGGCGCGGGGCUGACACACAUGCUGUUUCUACCGGACUGGGCGGUGGUGUUUGAAAUGUAA